AUGAAUAUAAGACAUAAAAAUGUAUCAUUUAUCUCACGUUUAUCACUAGCUAAUUGUACAAAACGAACAUCUGGUGCUAAAACACAGUCGUGGAGACGAAAUUUACUAUUAUUAUUGUUCGUAUUUCUCGGUAUAUCAUUUUUCAUUAAUUUACAUUUUUCACUACUUUAUCCGCUAUCAAAUCAUUCACUAUAUUCAGAUUAUUCAUUUUUACUAAAUUCUACGGAAACAUUGUGUAGUCAACGUUCAACACAACGUGGUUUUAAACAAAAAAUUAUAAGUGUUUCUGCUUAUCAUUCAACGGAUAAUAUUCAUUUAACAAACUUUACAUGGCAAUAUUUAAGUGAAUUUAUUGAAAAUGCUCGUGAAAAAUAUCCACAGUGGAUUGUACGUGUGUACUAUUUUAAUUUAGAUAAAACAGUUGAUGAUAUUCUAAAAUUAGAAUUAAAAUAUAAUAAUGUUGAUUUUUGUAACUCAGAACAUAUACCAAUAUUAGACAAUAUUAAAAAGUAUAUCCCUGGUAAAAUACAACGUUUUUUACCAAUAAUUGAUCGUUAUGUAGAUUAUUUAAUGGUUCGAGAUAUUGAUUCACCAUUAACUGAUCGUGAAAUUGAUGCUGUUAAUGAAUGGUUAAAUACAACAAAAACGUAUCAUAUAAUGCGUGAUAAUCCAGUUCAUAAUAUUCCAAUACUUGGUGGAAUGUGGGGUUUUCAACGACGUCAAAAUGAUCCAAUUAAUUCGAUUACAAAUUUAGCUAAAUAUUUUUUAUCAGAUAAUUUAAUUGAAAAGUUUUCUGAUGCAGGUGAUCAAACAUUUUUAAAUGAAUAUAUUUAUCCAUUAGCUAAACAUGAUUCUAUUGUACAUGAUAGUUAUAUAUGUACAUGGUCUAAAUGGAUAUGGCGCAUGGAAUUAACAAGACCAUUUCCAUCAAGGCGAUCAUCUCCAACAUGUUUUGUCGGAUGUACCAAACCUUGUUGUCUGUCAACGAAAGAAACAGAACAAUUAGAUUUAUCAAAAUAUAAACAAUGCCCAAAACUUAUGAGUCGAUUCAGUCGUGAUUCACCAACGACUUCUCCGAACAUCCGUACAUUUCGUGGUACACCUACUCGUCCAGUAAGCGUUGGUAAUCAUACAUCGAUAAAUAGUCGAAUUAUAUUAAAAAAAUCUUCAAAACUUCAACAAUUAUCAAAACAACAUCCAAAUAUACCAUCAGAUCAACUUCGUCGAUUACGUAAAAUAUUUAAUACGCUAAAUAAUGGUCAACCAAUACCAGUUGAAAAAAUGAGUAGUGCUCUUAAAUUGUAUGGCUACGAUGAUAUUCAAGAAAAUACCUUGAUGAAAUCUUCAUUUUACGACUUUUUAGCUAAUUACGAGUUAAUGGAGAAUGGAAUAAAUUUUAUUCAAGGUUUAUUGGAUUUUGAACAUUUUUCAUUAUUAAUACUUGAAUAUGAAGAAAAUAUUAAACUAGAAGAAGAAGCAUUAAGAAAAAUCGAUUGGAAAGUAGCAUUCGAAUGUUUUGAUGUUAACAAAGAUGGUGUUAUUGAUGCAGAAGAAUUAGGAAUCGUCAUGAAAAUAAUUGGUUUACCUGUUACGGAUCGUGAAACAAAAGAAAUGGUCAAAUUAGCCGAUUUAAAUCGUGAUAAAUUAAUUAAUUUUGAUGAAUUUAUCGGUAUAAUGACAACAGCACAAAUAACACCAACAAUACGACAUGGUGUAGAUUUCAACCAUAUUUCAUAA